AUGUCCCAGGAUGGUCACUCGGUAGCGGUACUGUCCGGUGAUCUAUCGGUGGAACAACGGUUGGACGCUCUGGAUCGAUUCCGAAAUGGACUAGAGAAGGUACAGAUUAUAACGAACGUUUUGUCCAGGGGUAUCGACGUCGAACAGGUGACCAUUGUCGUCAACUUCGACCUGCCGAUGGAUCAGCAUGAACGAGCCGAUUGCGAAACGUACCUACAUCGAAUUAGACGUACCGGUAGAUUCGAACGGAAUCAUCAUCAACCUAGUGGACCGUGA